AUGGAUGUAGACUACGGAGAUAUUGAUUGUGAAGAAUUAGCUAAUUGUAAUAAUGUCGGUGAUGAAGAAGGAAAAGAGGACAUGGAUAUUUACAAAAAGAUUAAUGACCUGACAGAUGAUGAUAUAAAAUGUUUGGAAUUUUCUUCUCAGGAAAAAGCAAUAAAUUUCUAUGAAAUAUAUGCCAAAAGUCACGGGUUUGCAAUAAGAAAAGAUGAUGUAAAACGUGAUUAUGAAGGGAAUAUAAUUGUUCGUCAAUUAGUUUGUAAUAGAGAAGGUAAAAGUGAUAAGAAGAGGGGACGAUGUAGAGAUCCAAGACCAACCACACGAAUGGAAUGUCGUGCUAGGUUUCAAGUAGCUCUAAAUCUUGUGACUGAAAAAUGGAGAGUUUCCGUAUUUGAGCCCUCUCAUAACCAUGAGUUAACUCCAUCACACUAUGUUCAUUUGAUUCCUAAGUAUCGUCGAUUGACUGAAUCGGAUAAAGCUCUUGUUGAUGGCUUGCACACACAUGGUGUUAGAACAUGUCAUAUUUUAGGUUUUAUGAUGGCUCGAAAAGGUGGUCAUAAAGGUCUUGGAUUUUGUAAAAAGGACUUAUAUAACUACUUAAAUAAUGAAGCAAUGGCAAGAAUAGAAGGAGGGGAUGCUUUUGCUGCUUUGAGUUAUUUACAGGCUAAAGCUGAUAAUGAUCCAAUGUUUUUUUCGAAGUUUACCACAACAAACGAAGGACGUUUGGAAAACUUAUUUUGGUCAGAUUCAGCUAGUCGGAUUGAUUAUGAAUGUUUUGGUGAUGUGAUUGCUUUUGACGCGACUUAUAAGAAGAACAGGUAUGACAAGCCUGUUGUUGUUUUUUCUGGAUUCAACCAUCAUGGAGAAACUACAAUUUUCGGUUGUGCUUUGGUUUCUGAUGAAAAAAUGAGACAUACAAGUGGGUUUUAA